UAUUGCAGAUUGAAGUUUCGUAAAUCGUAGUUGGUUUGAGGUCAGUAUGAAGAGUGAUACAUUUCUUAGAUAUUUUAGUUUAUACUGUUCCUUAUAAAAUUGUAGUUUUUAAUUGUAUUGUUUUUGUUGUCAAUAGCUACACACAUAAAUAAGAUCUACAAACAUUUUUAUACUGAACAUAAUAUCGAAUAACACUAAAAUACUAUAAACCUAAAUGAAGAAGACUCAAAGCUUACGAAUAUCGAAUGGGGAAAAAAAGUCCAAUUAUACAUUUUCCACGUAUCUCAUACGACCAAAAACCAGCAAACGAAAAAUUGAUAAUAACAUCAAAGAAAAGUUGUUUCAAGCCAAAAUUUACACUUAUAAAGCUAAACAAAAAGUACUACUAGACAAUAUCAAAGAAGUGAUCAAAGUGUACACAAAAUGUAUAAAGAUGUCUAAACUAAGUUCUCAGUCAAAAGGCAAAUAUUUUGAAGAUAUUGAGCUAGUGGUGGCUCGGAUCGUGGACGAGGCAUUCGGGUCACGAGCGCAAGCGCACGACAGAAUCGAUGAGGAAACAAUCGAAGGGCGGAAAGAGUCAACGGUUUCGAUGCUCGGGGUGAAUGACAUCCGGGUGUGGGACAGGCGGUCACCGGACGACGAGGUGCUGAAAUCAAUUGCCGAGAGGUUGUUGAUCGUGCACGGGCGGCUUCGGGCGGAGACACGUCGGCUGGCUGCGGACAGGGAACGGCUGCGCUGGUUGAUCGCGCAAUCGGCGUCCAGCGCAGAACUGGCCCAGGCGUUGGACGGUGACCUGCAGGCCACGGGUGUACCGACCGCCGUCUUGCAAAAACGCGACCUGGUCGAGAUCAUGACGCACGUCCGGGACGCCUUGUCUGCGAACCAUAGACACAGGCCGUCAGUGGCCGGAAACUCGUGUUGCGAUCGGCGGCUGCAUAGCUCAAUGGUAAUGCAAGAGUUGCGCGAACUCCGGACGCAGCUGGCGGUAGUCAAGGACAGGUUGAGGGCGGCUGAAAAGGACAAACGUGAUCUGCUAGGUAUCGUGGAGAGAAGCCGAUCGGACCCGACCACGGUUGAGUCACUCCGGGCUGUACUCAGCAAAGAGAAAGAGAAGAAUAAUCACUUGCAAUCGGUCGUCGACGACAUGUUUAUCGCCGUCAGCAGAGAUGCGUGAAAUAGCAUCAACGGUAGUCCUCUGCUUAUUCAAAUUUCUAAUUUAGAUAUCAUCAUUGCAGAUAAAUGGACAGUUGAACAUUGUAAUUUUAACUUAAACUGUCUUAUACUAAUAAUAAAUAUAAAUACAUCAUAAAAUACCUAUA